AUGUUCCGAUCAUCAAUUUGUCUUUUUGACGCUAAUCUGAAGUCAGAUGAGUCCUUUCCCAUUCUCUGUGAAACAUGCCUCGGCCCGAGUCCGUUCGUCAGAAUGAUGAAAGAGCGGUACGGAAAGGAAUGCAAAAUCUGCAGUCGCCCAUUUACAGUCUUCCGCUGGAGUCCGGGACCCAAAGCUCGUUUCAAGAAGACUGAAAUCUGCCAAACCUGUGCCAAGGUGAAGAACGUCUGCCAGACCUGCAUUUUUGAUCUUGAAUAUGGAUUGCCCGUUGAAGUCCGUGACAAGGCGCUUCGUCUUAACCAGGCUCUGCCUCGGAGCGAUGUGAAUCGAGAGUAUUUCCACCAGCAAGUUGAAAACCAGUUGGAGCUAGCUGGUGAUGUUAACGCACCCUAUGGUGGCCAUGACUUGAUUGGGAAGCAGUUGGCCAGUACAAAUGCAGCAGCUCAUGGCGCUGGUGCGAGUGGUGCAGACAUGCUUCUUAAACUAGCCCGGACAACGCCCUACUAUCGCCGAAACAGACCGCACAUUUGUUCCUUUUGGGUCAAGGGUGAGUGUAGGCGUGGUGAGGAAUGUCCGUACAGACAUGAAAAACCGACUGAUCCGGACGAUCCACUAUCGGAACAAAAUCUGCGUGAUCGUUACUAUGGUCAAGACGAUCCUGUGGCUGCUAAGCUGCUCUCCAAGUACUCCUCCAUGCCUAAACUCACGCCACCAGAAGACAGGACCAUUACUACCCUCUACAUUGGUGGCAUUCCUGAGGAGCUCACUGAGAAGGAUCUGCGUGAUCACUUUUAUCAGUUUGGUGAGCUACGCUCGGUCAGUGUUCACCACAAGCAGCACUGCGCCUUUCUGCAGUUUACCACUAGAGAAUCCGCUGAGAGGGCCGCUGAACGAAGUUAUGAUCGCCUUAUCCUGCGGGGCCAUCGCUUGACUGUGAACUGGGGCAAAUCUCCUGCGGCUUUGGCAGCUGCUGCUGCAGGCAUAACACUAUCGGGGACU